AUGACACCCGAGAUUGCCUUGACAAUUGACCAGAAUCUAUUCAUCAGAAAACCAAUCCCCGAGAAAGGGAUUGUCUGUUCUAACGCCGAACGAGCCGAACGUAUUGCAUCCGAAUACCUGUCAUCGGUCGAAACGUUCUCCUGUUCCUGGGGCGCUCGAGUUUGGAUUGGAAACUACCAAGAAAACACAAAGGAACGCCUCUUUGUGGCUCUAGCGCCAGUAGGUUCGGGGUCUGGGUUAGUCUUUACCGAGCUCUUCUCAGCGGGAGCCAAGUUCUUGGUGAGAUAUGGGAGCGACGAUGCCAAGAAUCCAGAGCCAUACGAAUAUAAAAAUUGCGUCAAGCUUAUUGACGAAACGGACAAUCUUUAUGGAUAUUGUCAAGCGAGUGGAGUGGAUCCAUCCGAGUGGGGUGAAUCUGUAAUGGCGUCACCUGUACUACUCAAAGCAUUCCUAGCAGAAGGAAACAAGAGGGAUAUGAUAAUUGAACGACGGAUAUGUCACCACUUGGAAAAUUAUCACUCUCUUCGGAAUCCGAAUGUAUUUCCAAACCGCAAAACAAUACUAGAGAAACAAUUGGCUGACCUAAAAGAGAAAGCCAAUGGAAAGAAGGAAAGCUUUGAUAUGGAAUCAGCAGUUCUGUUUCGAUGUGCCAAGGAUUUUGGUUUUCAUGCGUUGACGGUUUUACAGACCGUCAAUAAGGAGGAUAAGGACUGCGAUCCCUACGAAGGCAAGCACCGGGAAGCCGCUCUUAAAGAUGAACAACAAGUCUUUGUCGAUUACAUUUUCACUUCACUUUUGUCAACUUCCUGA